AUUAGACAUAAUAAAAUACGAUAAUAAUAGUAUAAAAAAGGUUGUAUUAUUUUAAAAGUAGAAACAAUUUCAUUUAUUACAUAAUUAAACUUUUGUGAAAGAUGGUAGAAAAAGAUCCACAACUUCAGGCCCUAGAAUCUGGUGAAUUAGAAUUAUUCGUUCAAAGCAUGGAGCGUGGGUGUAUAGAAUCUAUUGGAAACCAGUCGUGGGUUGAUUGGCAUAUAAGGUUACAGAAACUGAAUCAACAGGCCGUUUUGGAGGCUUCGUCUAUGCAAGAAGAGCUUACCAAGGAAACCCUUAUUUCUUUUGGAAAACUACCUAUCUUAGUUUACGAAGCAAUAUGCAUACAAGUGUGGAAAACGAAAAUAUAUCCUCAAAUAUUAAAACUAGAUCCAGCACCUGCAAAUACAUUCGGGAUCUAUAUGGUGCUUUACCAUGAGGCGGCCACUGUAGGCUUGCUUGAAACGGUACUGUUCCACGAAGACGGUGCGCAGUGCGUAAGCGAUGUUGUAAUUGACUUACUGCACUAUACUGUUGAUCAACUCACUGCGCUUAUUACUCUCAUCAAUAACGGCUACCUGAAGCCAGUGUCCGCAAAAGAGAUGGAGUGUGAGACAGCAGCAGAUGAGCUGGAGCGUCAGAAACGCGAUCUGCAGUUUGAUAUUAGCAUGAGAUGCAUCUCUAUUGUUCGUUACCUGGCUGAGCAUAUGGAAAUUGCCGGUGUGGGCGCCUGCAUCGCUACAAAUCUGUACAAAACCUACGACAUUCCCUCCAUUAUAUCCCAUUUGUUGACUAUGGAGCCGUGGCGAAGGAUCACGGACAGCGGAUACAUGGAGAUUUUCAACUUUGGUCGUUGGGUGAAAGCAACAACUGAAGAUUUGUCUAUGCUGCAUCGUACUGAAGCUCAGCUGUGGCUGUGUCUACGACAACUUUUGUUGGAGCCUCGUCUGCAACAUCACUACAACAUUGAUGAGUGCCGACGUUCAACUUUUUGCGCUUUGCAAGCAAAAAUCUCGGACUCAAUGUUGGACCAAAUUCCACCGUUGGGCGAGCUGAAGAUGUUUCUGUGCAGGCUUGCCGUUGGGGACUACUCCAGCUUACACAACCGGACCAACGGCGUCAAGAACCCUGGAUGCACCCUCAUUGAAGUUGUUCCUCAGAUCAAAGAGAGCUACUUGAAAGAAGUGCACAAGCGAACUAAAACACUCGCCAAGUCGCAACUAGAAUGUUUCAAGAUGGAUGGUUCCGAAGAGUCGAAGAACAUGGCGAAAAGAUUGUUGGAGUCUUACGCCAGUGACACUGCACUGGCGCUAGACAGUGGCGGGGCAAAAUGUGCCAAAUGUGGGGACAAAGCCAGCAAAAAGUGUUCGCGUUGUAAGACGGAGUGGUAUUGUGGCAGGGAAUGCCAAGUACAACAAUGGCCAAAGCACAAGGAGAUUUGUGACCAAUUUUCCCAACUAUGUGUUUAAAUAAAUAAAACAUCAUUUA